AUGUUGGUCAUUCCUUGUUUAGAUCGACUACAUCCAGCUAUAGCAAAAUAUAGUAGCGUCGAGUUCCGUUUGGAUUUGGUUAUGACCUCUGAUUCAAAUAAAGAAAAUGAGCUGUCUAAGUAUAUUAAAGAAUAUACACCGGGCAUUAUCGAGAAAGAAGUCAGCUAUGGCAAGCAGUUCUCCGUCACAAAAAGCGAAAUCGAACUAGAACCCUUACUGAAACCAAACCCACACCGUUUCGUCCUUUUCCCCAUAGAAUAUCACGAUGUCUGGCAUUUUUAUAAGAAGGCUGUAGCUUCUUUUUGGACUGUGGAAGAGGUGGAUUUGUCCAAAGAUCUCAUACAUUGGGAGUCGCUCAAGGUUGGGGAACGUCAUUUCAUAUCCUACGUGUUAGCUUUCUUUGCGGCGAGUGACGGAAUUGUACUCGAGAACCUCCUAGAACGCUUCAGCCAGGAAGUCCAGAUCCCAGAGGUUCGUUGCUUUUAUGGAAUGCAGAUAGCUAUCGAGAAUAUUCACUCUGAAAUGUACUCUUUAUUAAUUGAUACAUACAUCAAAGACUCCAAAGAAAGGGACUUUCUCUUCAACGCCAUAAGCAACUUAACUUGUGUUGCAAAAAAGGCUCAGUGGGCAUUAGAUUGGAUUGGAGAUUCCAAAUCUACUUUUGCAGAACGUUUAAUUGCUUUUGCAGCAGUGGAAGGUGUUUUUUUUUCUGGUAGCUUCGCAGCUAUAUUCUGGCUUAAGAAACGAGGUCUUAUGCCUGGACUGUCUUUUAGCAAUGAAUUAAUCAGUAGAGACGAAGGACUACAUUGUGAUUUCGCUUGUCUAUUAUUUAAACAUAUUAUCAAAAAGCCUUCGGAAGAACGUGUCGAGUCAAUAAUAAGAGAGGCGGUUCUAAUAGAACAAGAGUUUUUAUCAGAAGCUCUACCAGUCAGCUUAAUUGGAAUGAAUUGCAAACUGAUGUGUCAGUACAUUGAAUUUAUCGCAGACAGGCUACUAGUUGAACUUGGUUAUGAAAAGAUGUAUCAUUCUGACAAUCCUUUUGACUUUAUGGAAAAUAUAUCGAUCGAAGGAAAGACAAACUUUUUUGAGAAGCGAGUUGGUGAAUAUCAACGUGCUGGUGUCAUGUCUCGAGCGAGGGGCGAAUCAACCCAUAACUUUUCUGUUGAUGAAGAUUUUUAGUGUGACGAACUAUAUUUUUAUAUGAAUAGAUAUGCAUUUAUACCUUGACAAUUAUAGAUCUUGACCAGUCUUAUCCGUACUUGGUUCUCAGGGUUUCAUAUCUGGGGCUGUAAUCGCUCUGUUAAAGCGACUCCAGUACUCAAUUUGUUAUGACGUAUUUUUGACUCAUUAGUUUUCUCGCUCUGUGGUUACUAAAUAUACUUUUCGAGUGGUUAGUCACAUUUCCUGUGCUUUGUGUUCCGAAGUACGAGGCUCAGUCUACGCAAAAUUCUGGUGGUCGUUCGUCACCCUAUCACCUAAGUCGCAAAACCAGAUCAGCAACUGACAUAAGGUUAAUUGUGGUGUACUGGCAUUCAAACUGUGAGAUGUUAGUACGAGUGGUAAUAUUAAGUAAGUAGAGUUAAGAUUCUGGUUCCUGAGCACUGAUCAAGUAAAGGAUAUGGGAAUCUUCUAUGCACAAUUAUUUAAACAUAUGGCUGGCGUUUCACGUUAAGUUAUCACCUCCAAAUAGUGCGAGGGAUUGUCGAAUACCAGUGAAUAGGACGUCGCUCCAAGUCUGGUACACUUAUCAGAAAGCAGUACUUGGUUCUAGUAACUGAAGGUUAAUUGUACAUGGUGGAAAACAAGAGCUACGGCAGGGUGAUAUUGCGUACAAAUAUUUGAUCAUAGGCCCCUUCAAAACAGUCAACGUUGUUCGGUGGUGUGCGGCUUGGUUAGAUGAUUUUACUAGAGAUUACUCCGUAAGGUAGUAUAACAAUUCUUCGCGAUGCUGGAAUUAGAUUAUUAUUUGAGCAUGAAAGACUAGUUGCUUAGUAUCUAGCGUCAUUUCAAGGGACUAAGAAGUCUACUGAGAGGUACUGCGUGAAUCGAGCUGCCAAAAACCAGUCAAGCCUCCUGAUCCGUGCUGAAAGUCCUCGAGAUACCGGACCAGGACUGAUGAGACUCCCAAAAUAAGAGCAGCGGUCGAUGCGUCCAACUACUUCAGUCCCUACCAAUAAUUUGGGCGAUGGCGCAGGGCAAUCCUGAAGUGACAUUUUGGAUAUUGAAGGAGGGGACCGCAUCCCAAACAUGUUUGCAUUUUUAUUUAAGGUAGUCAGAAGGCUGCAUACUGUUAAUGUCUUUAGACAGGACUAUAUUAUAUGCGUAUCUUAAGUCAGCAAGAGGAUCUCAUGGCAGAAGAUCAAUUCCUAGAAAUUUGGGUGAUGUAGGUUAUCUCUAAAAGUAUGUUGAUGUCAAACUUAAACAGAAAUGGGAAGGACGGAUAACCCUGACGUACACCACCUAAGGGAACGAGCCCUAGUUAUAGUUCGCCAUAAAUCCUGACUCGACGAAUAGUGUUUGCGUAGAGAACCUGUACAAGGUCAAGUUGCUUCUUUGGUAACCCUCCCAACAACAGGCAGUGCCACAGAACCUCAUGGUCAACAGAGCCGAACGCCGCCUAGGAGUCGAGGAAUACAAUCUGAUUCUUACGUCGCUGUUCCAGAAACUGCCGAAGGGUGAAUAUUUCGUUCAUACAUUCACGUCCAGGUUGGAAACCAGCCUGGUUCUUUCUAGCUUACUUUUAACGAGCUCUAGGUAGACGUCGAAGUAUUGUUGUUAAUAUUUUAGACACUUAAUUAAACUGAUUGUCGUAAGAUUCUUAUCUUUUCUUAUGGACUAAGUCACGUCCCAGUUUUUGCUCGUUCCCUUUAUUGAAGUACGGCAUAUCGUCUAUUUGCAAUUCACGAACCCAAAUUAACAAUAGAACCAAACUCCACUUAGAUACCAAAGUUUAUUCGCGAUUUACAGAUAGUCGACCCAAAUGUCUGGCUCUAUCAUAACCCAAAUGAAUGGGCGAUGAAAUGCUAGCUUCAAUAGCCAUUUUGGCCUUUCCUUUACAGUAGUAUAAUAAAUACGACAACAAUUGGCCCUUAUCGGACAGUUUACUCUCGAUAAUGCUAGUAAACUGACCAAUAAAACGGUGGUACUGACUCGGUUGUCCAUCAAAAUAUAUCAUACCGAUCUUAGGUAAAACCAUAUUAUCAACCAUUGUAUGUAAUGUGUCCUUCGAUUCCUCAACCCAAUCGCUUUUUGAGAUGUUACAUACCUCCCUUGAGUGAUUAUUACACCCAGUAUCACAAUCCAAAUAAUUUUCCACUUUAGCAUUUAUCCCACAUAUAUCUACGGGUAGUUGUUCAUCGUCCUCGAUGGCCUUACAUUCUAAUUCAGCGAUAUUAACCUGUUCUUGGAGAUCUAACAUCUUAAGUUGCCGUUCUAAUUCAAGUCUCUUUUCUAAAUUCCUUUUCCCCAGUAAUGCUUUACCUAACUUUAAUCUAGAAGUACUAAGCUGACUAGAGGACAUACUAUUAAUACUAACAUCGUCACAUUUAUCAUCAUUAACGUCAUACAUACCACAAACAGCUCUGGAAAUUUUACCGUCCAAUUCGUCAUUUUCCCUCGGUCUUUUGCUUCGAGUUUCCAUAGUACGCCUUUGUUCUGUAGAACCAGAAUUUGGACCCGAAUUAUUGUCCAGACUAAUCCAAAGUAUGAACACAGAACCAAGUUGUUACCAGAUCUUAGCUAAUCUAACUGCUAAAACUGGACUACCAUCCUUUAAAAAAUAAUUCACCAGGCUCUGCUGCUCUUUCUCGCUACAGACCAUUAAUAGCUUUCUCAGCCUUACUAAGAGAUGGAGGACUUACAUCAGUUUGCUUGUAGAUAGUGUGUGGCCGAAGACCAGUUGAACUAUUCCCUAAAUUAUUGUCCUCUUCGGUUCAAACUUCUGGAUUGAAAGUGAAUAAUAAUCAUCUGUUUACGAGAUAGUUUUAAUAACAGUUGUAUCAUAAACACCCGCUUCUUUGGUAAGUUUAAACAGUUACCUAUUGUAGCCGCCCUUUUCAUCUAUUCCGCUUUUGCUACCCACUUCUGCUCGCGAUAACUACAUAGGCCUGUUUUACCAGCCAACGCUUAAGCUCCCUCAUUGUGUUUGGAGCAAGACGGAAUGAUUUUCCGAGCAUCUAUCAAUUUCGUAGACACCGCUGAUUUUCACUAACCAGACAAAUAUGUCCUCAAACUAGAGCGUGACCCGAGUCAAAGUAUGUGCUCCAAAAUGAGCGAGUUUUUUGUCGAGCUCCUCCAACGAUGGUUAGUAGCGAUGUGAUUUAUUCGAGUCCAUCAAUGAGUCGAUUGUGGAAGCCGUCAGACGAAGUUUCGCCUUAUGUUCAAAAUCGGUG